AUGGCAUUAUCGACACGACCUUGUGCAUUUCGUCAAUGCAGACAACCAUGUCGAGCGUUAUGUUUAUUUUGUACUCAAUAUCUAUGUCGUGAACAUUUCGAUAAUCACGAUCAUUCGAUUAAUGCACAAAUUCCAACGUUAGUGAAACAAAUCAAAACACUAAUAAAUCAACUUGAUGAUAGUCUUAAUCCCAUCUCAUCGUCUUUAAAGUGUUUAAAUCAAUGGCGAAUAAAUGCUCAUCGAACAGUUGAUCGAUUCUAUGAAGAAAAAUAUCGACAAUAUCAACAAAUCAUUGAAAGGAAAACCGACGAACAGAAAAGACAAUUUGAUAAAAUGGAAAUAAAAUUGAGUGAAUUAAUUCGACAACAACAAGCAACAGACGAAGAAAUUAAUUCAAUGCAACAAUUGAUUGAAAAUAUGAAAUUUAACAUUCGAAACAUGAAAAAUCUUCGUUUAAAUAUCAAUCCAUUACUCAUUGCUGAUAAUCUUGUUACUAUUCCAAACGAGAAUUAUGGAAUAGUUGAUCCAAACAAUCAUUUUGUUUUUGAAAAUUGUGAGAAAUUUUAUACUCUUGAUAAAUCACUCUCACGGUGGAAAGUUGAAAAACAAGCAAAAGAAAUUCCAAAUUCAAUGAGUAUGUUUAUUUUACAAACAAUUCGUCAGUUUAUCGAUACACAUGGAUCGUCAAACAUGGAAAUUAUAAUGAAGAAAACGAAAGAUUUGCUUAACAUAUCGUAUGGUGAACAUUGGAUUGUUCAAAUUGUUGAUGAACGUGAAAAUCAAUAUUCUGAAAUCGAUGAUUUUGUUGAAUGUUUACGAGCGAAAGAAACACAAUUGAAAUGGAUAAUUCGAAUUUUAAAAAGAAAUUUUUAA